CGUAAGUUGUCGAGUUUUGAGUAAAUAAAUACGAGCAGCGCAGCGAACUGAUCUAAUGAAAGUUCGUAAAAGUGUUUCUGUAGGUACGUAGGCGAGGAGACGAUGCAGCAAGAGUUGCUGAAGCUGUCAUCUGUGCUUGACAGCGCUUGUACAAUCCACGAUGCUCAUCAAACGAGAAAGGUCUUCAGAAAGAUUCACCUGCUUUCGACGCGAGGUCACGAUCUUUCACCACUUGCUGGCAAGAUACUGAAGUUCUUAUCCUACAACGACAUUGCCGUGAAGAAAACGAUAUACUUUUUCAUACAACGGUCCUGUAACAAACCAGAUGUCGCUCUUCUUGCCCUCAAUGCCCUUCUCAAAGACACGCGAGACCCAAACCCAUUCUACAGAGCCCUGUCUGUGAAUACUCUAGUUUCUUCUCCGUUGGUUGCGGAACAGGGACUUCACUACGUCAUAACCGCUCUCGAUGACGCAAGCGCGCACGUAAGACGCAGCGCCGUGGCCUCCUGUUGUGAACUUUAUAACAACUUCCCAAAGGUCGUCGAGGAACGGGAAGUUAUAGACAAGCUGUAUGGGAUGAUUUUAGAUCAAGACCCAAUCGUCAUCAUGCUGUGCCUUAAUGCUCUAGAUUACAUGCUCAAAUCGGAAGGUGGAAUAACGAUAAACAAGAAGAUUGCUCACUAUCUCCUCACAAAACUGGGCGCAUUUCAGCAGUGGGGUUUGUUACGGGUAUUCGAGCUUCUGCUGAAGUACAAACCUGAGUCCGAGCACGAAGCUCUGACGUUCAUCAACUGCUUAGACGAAUACUUAACUGCAAACAGCGUCGCCGUACAGAUUGCAGCUUUCCACUUGUUCUGCAGCACGCUUUCCGGCACACUGGACCACCUGCUCCACGAUGGUUUGGAACAAGUGUGGUCGAAAUUACGGAUUCAGCUAGUGUUCGGCGAAGAGGAAGUCACCCAGAACAUUCUGGACUGGGUCGAACCACACGUUGAGAGCUACGCGGACAUAUUUACGCCGUACUGGCGUCAGUUCUGUUGCCAUUUUACGGAAUCGCCGUCGACCAAAUGCAAGCGGAUACAGAUUCUCGAGCAGCUGGCCAACGAAAAGACUGCCGACGAAAUCGCGGAAGAGUUGAUGGCGUAUUGCCCCAGCGUUGAUAUCGAAGUUAACAAGCUGGUGCUGAAAGUUUUGGUUGAUCUCACAAAUAAGUUCUCAUCGCUCAACGAUAAGGUAGUCUCUUAUCUUCUGGUUCUGCUCGAAGCACCGGAAGAAUCUCUAGUUUCCGAGGUCUUAUCAGCGGCCUGUCAACUUAAAGUAGCCAGCCAACAGGACGUUCAACAACAGAUCUUGGAGGCCGUGGUCCGACGGGACUGGACGUAUGCAAGCACCAGCGCAAAGUGCAUAGUCCUGACCACGAUUUCAGAGUACGGUCGGGAGCUGGAGCAGGCGCCCUACGUGCUGGAAGAGUACGUAGAGAAUCUGAACGCGGAGGAAGACGUCCUGGUCAAGCAUUCGUUGUUGAAUACGGCUCUGCGGCUGUUCUUUGCUCGCCCUCCCGAAAUGCAGACCAUUCUGGGGUCCCUCUUAGACGCCCUGUCCAAGGACAGCGAUCCGUUUCUACGGCAACAGGCUAUUUUGUACUACAGACUGUUAGAAGAUGAUAUGGAGACUGCAGAAAAAGUGCUGAAGUGUUGAUUCGGUGCAUUUUUUUUAAAUACGAGUAUAUUUAGCAGCCGUUCAGUAUUUUUAUUUUUCGUGAGCGCAAUCAGUACGUUAUCUUGCAAUCUUAUAUAACAUAAAUAUAUUUUUAUUCGCUCAGUGUA